GACCUGCUUGCCUGGAAAUGAUCUCGUCUCUCUUUGGCUUUUUUUCUUCCGAAGGUUCCUGCUUUGGACUAAGGUGGUUUACACCGGCAAGUGAAGUCCCGCUCUGUGGCCAUGCCACCCUGGCUUCUGCAGCUGUGCUGUUUCACAAAAUAAAAAAUGUGAACAGCACUCUGACGUUUGUCACUCUGAGCGGGGAACUAAAGGCCAGAAGAGCAGAGGAUGGUAUCAUCCUGGACUUUCCUCUUUAUCCAACCUACCCCCAGGACUUUCAUGAAGUAGAGGACUUGAUAAAGACUGCCAUAGGCGAUACCCUGGUCCAGGACAUCCGCUAUUCUCCAGAUACCCGAAAGCUCCUUGUCCGGCUCAGUGAUACUUAUGACAGGUCAUUUCUGGAGAACCUGAAAGUGAACACAGGGAACCUGCUGCAAGUUGAGAACACAGGGAAGGUGAAAGGACUCAUCCUCACCCUGAAAGGAGAGCCUGGGGGGCAGACCCAGGCAUUUGACUUUUACUCCAGAUAUUUUUCACCAUGGUUUGGUGUGGCUGAAGACCCUGUAACAGGGUCUGCACACACUGUACUCGGCAGCUACUGGUCCCAGCAGCUGGGGAAGAAAGAAAUGCGUGCCUUUCAGUGUUCCCGCCGAGGAGGAGAGCUGGAGGUUUCACUACGUCCAGAUGGCCGAGUUGACAUUAGGGGAGGCGCUGCUGUUGUUGUAGAGGGCACGCUGACAGCCUAGAGAUGGUUGUGCUGUGAUGGUGUCACUAACGAUGAAGCAUUUUCUGCAUAAAAAGUAAUGUAAGGGGCUGCCUUUAGCGAACUUGCAUGUUAAAAAUAGAAAAAUGUCCCAAGAUCUGCAGUUGGCAAAAAAUAGGAAAAAAAAAAAAGGGAAAAAUGAAGUCAUGGUAAUGGAGAUUUAAUAAUGCUUCCAGACUAAUGAACUAAUGGAGUUUGGGCCCCACCUGUGAAUGUAUUUGAAAUUUAAGUAACCAGUAACAAAGGAUAAUAGAGUAAUGUUAUCACCUAAUUGAUUAUGACUACCAAUCAGAGAAGGAGGAAUACAUUUAUGAGGAGUGAGAUUAAACCAUUUAAACUUAGAUGUACCUGAUAGAAGAUUUUGUAGCCAUUAAACAGACCCAGUAACUACAUGGAAAUAUAGAAAAAUAUUUCAUGAUAUGAAAAUAAGAAAAAAAAUACAAUAUGCCAUAAAAUCUUAGCAAUGUCGUGCCUCGUCUCGGGAGCCUGUGAACUGAUGUGGACAAGCAUGGGCCACGAAAACAUCAAAGUGAGAACAGUUCUUAUGCGUGAGGCAAGAUUGGAAGUAAUUUUAAUGUAUCUCAAAAACUAUUUCCUUUGUUGUUGGACUCACAUACAGUAACUAAAAGUCAAGACAAAACCCAGAAAAUUGAAACAAAAAAGUGUUUAUUAGGCUAGUUCUGUGAUAAUAAAAUUAAGUACUAAAAGUAAUGCAAUCUCUUAAUUUUCUUCUUGAUAUGUGACUGUAGAGUGAUAACUUAAAAGGGAUUCUUCUUUUGCCUUAAUAAAAUGAGUUUCAAUAUAACUUUAAAUUCAGUUAAAUCUUUAAUAUUGAGUACCUAUAGUUGACUUUGGUAUGGGGACCUUUUUCACAUCAUUGGGAGUGUUUGCAUAAGGCGGUGUCAUUGAUGGCAAUUUUCAGCCAUCUCAAAAACUGCAAGCUAAUAAAUUAGAAAUUCCUGUAGCAUCUCCAAUGUUUUAUCUUAACUGCUACAAUGUUGCCUAUUUUUGUUUUCAUUAAAGCAUGUAAGAGUG